AUGUUGACUAAGAACGUGAAUAACCAAUCUCCAUUAGUUGUAACUCAAAUACCAAGGAAAAAACAAUUCUAUAAAACUAAAAUGUGUCCAUGGUUUUUUUCCGGAAGAUGUGAUAGAGGUAUAGAUUGUUUAUUUGCACAUUCUCAAGAAGAAUUAAAUCCAAUACCUGAUUUAUCAUUUACUAGUUUAUGUCCAUUAGCAAAAAAAUCAGGAUUAUGCAAAAAUGAAAAUUGUAGUUAUGCUCAUUCAGUAUGUGAAUUAAGGCCAACUGGAGAUUUAUAUAAAACUGCACCAUGUACUAAAUUUUUAAGAGGAAAAUGUAAUGCUGAAUCUCAUUGUAGACAUGCACAUUAUAUUGAAGAGUUACGACCAUUACCUGGAAAUAUUUCUCCAUCUCAAAAUGCCAUAAAUUUAAUGUUAGCUGCACCUUUAUCUACUUCUAUGCAAAAAAUAAAUAAAUCAAAAAAUAAUUUUUUUAUGGAUGAAAAUAGAGGAAAUAUAAAUAAUAGUAAUGGUUCUGUUGUUGUUAAAAAAAAUGAAAAGGAAUUAAAAAAUUCUAGUUCAAUGUCAUGCAAUAAUUAUUCGAUGCAAAAUAAUUUAAAUAACACAAGAUUUGGAAAAAAAUAUAUAAAAAAUGCAAGUGUUGACAAUAAUAUGUUAUUAGGAACUAACAAUAUCGAUAUAAAUACAAAUAAUAAUAACAACAGUGUACAUAAUCAUGUUACUACAAACAUGGGAAAUAAUAUGAACAACAAUAAUAACAAUAAUAAUAAUAAUAAUAAUGAGCUAGCUAUUCAUAACAAUAUUAAUGAAAAUAUUAUGAACAACAUAAUGAGUACUACUACUACCGCUAAUCCUACCACUACUACUACUACUAAUAAUAAUAAUAAUAUGAACAAGUCAUAUAGAAAAAGUUCUUCCUAUUCAAAUAAAUUAUAUGCUCUUUUAAAAGGUAAAGAUAAUAAUAAAGAUGGAAAUAAUAUGAAUAACUUGAAAUUUAAAUCAUUUUUAAUGAAUAAUCAUGAUAUGAACAAUACUAACAAUACUAAUCCUAAUAAUAAUAAUAAUAAUUCCGGAAUGUUGAAUAAUUUCAAUAUUAGAAAAAUUCAUAGUGCACCCAAUAAAAAUAAUGAUAAUAAUAAUAAUGCGGGUUAUAAAUCUAUAAAUGAGAUGAUGGGACAGGAUAUGAAUAUGAACUGUUCUAUAAAUAAUAACAAUAGAGGAUCACCAGGAAAUUUAAUAAAAAAAGGAGGAAGUAUGAAUAAUAACAAUAAUAUGGUAAAAACAGGAAAUGGAAAUAUAGGCGGAUCAAAUAUGAAUAUUGGAAUAAAUACAAAAAUUAAUUCAAAUAUAAGUAGUGUAAGUAUGGGUAGUGGGCAUAGUAAUAUAACUAAUCAACAUUAUGGUAUAAAUAGAGGACAAAAAAAUGAAGGAAUUCAUUAUUCUUCAUUUUCAACAAAAGAACCAUCAUCACCUAUGAGAAUGCCAAGUAAUUCAUCAAAAGAAUAUGCUGAAGCUAAUGAUACAAAUUUAGUAGAUACAAUAGAACAUAUGGAAAUAACGGCACAAGAUAGUGUAUUAAAAGUUAUUGAAGAUGAUAAUGAAAAAUUUAAUACUAGUGAUAUAAAAAACUUUUUUAAAUUAUUACAAAUGACAAAUGUUAAUAAUUAUAAUGAUGAUAAUUUUUUAUAUAAUGAUGCAGAUAUUAAUGGAGAUGCUAAUAACAACAUGUACGAGCAAUAUAAAUCUGCUUCUAUUCCAACAAACAUUAUGAAACAACAAAUGAAUCCAGAUUUAUCACUCACACCUGACCAAUACACACAAAAUGGUAAUAAUAAUAAUAAUAUACCUCACAUGAAAAAUAACAAUGUUAAUAAAUAUGACAUAAAUGAAAAUUUUAAAAACAUUUAUAAAUUAAAUAACAACAAUUUGGCUAGUUGCUCCAAUUUCUGGAAUUUCCCAGAAGAUGAAUUUUCAGCACCAGCUUCAAAAAUUGCACAAGAUGUAGAAAUCUUUGAUUAUUGA